UAAUUUUCUCGCUUUGUUUCUUUUCGUCAAACGAUUUCAGACUUCGAGUGUGUCUUCCGUCAAGUAUAGUAGCACCAUUAUUCCUAUGGCUUGGCCAAAUCCUUUUCGUCGAAAUGAUGAAAAUACUCGCAACGCUUGGGGAUACACCUUUCAAUGGACUCCUGAGCAUCUUACAGAAGAACAAAUGCAUCCCAUGAAGUUUUCAUACGAUGUUCUGGCUGAAGAAUGUUUAACUCGUCUUGAUAACAUAUCGCCACCCACAUCUGGGGAAUUACCAAGAAAUCAAAGUAUCCUUCCGAGUCAAAAGGAAGGCAAGGAAAAGCCCAAGAGAGACUUGUACGCUUUGCUGAGAGAUCAUUCUUCUGAGGAUGAAAAACUGGGAGAAUUAUGGAAAGAGGUUAAUACAAUACCAGAUUGGGUUGUGAGUGGUCUAGUGACCUUGAUAUUGGUAACUUUGCUCAAACUAUAUCCAGGACUGGGAUCAGAUUGGAAGAGGGCAAGAAGUUUUUUACAGAUACGGAGGGCCUGCGUUAACUGGCGUAUGUCAUCUAUAUCACACAGUUCUAUGUGGGACACUGAUGUGACAAACAGCUUGCAUAUCAAUCGUUGCUAGGGGGAAUGGCUGCAGCUAGAGUUACAGAGGUUCUAGCUAGGACUGGUGGCUUUUCUACAAAGGUAAGAUCGUUGUGAAAGUACGGCUUGAACCCGCACAUUACCUCUUGAAAAUUUCUUUCUUCUGCUGGAAAUGAUGUCCACAAGAGUACAUUCAAGGAAAGCAGCCUCAAUUCUCAACCCUCUCGAAAAACGCACAUCUUCUGUUCCCGAUAGUCAUCUGAUCAAUCAAUAGUCAGCGAGAAGAAGAAUGUUUGAAACAACUCAACAUAUUCUCCAGGUAACCGAAUCCAUCGAGGCCAUCAAACCCGGCGGGGCUGGCCACAUAUCCUCCAUAAAAGUCCGCCUCCUCCACGCCGCUGUCCGUCGCCGCAUUCUCGCCCUAGCUAAAGAAAAACCCUCCUAUUACUCCAUAGAAGAAUACGGUAUCCCAAUCAAUGAUCUCGACAGUAUAGCAACCGUCGGCACCUUCUCCACAACCCUGAUAUGGCUGUCCUUCCCCCGGCAAGGGAUCUUUCUCCGCUCCCAAGAAAUAACUGACUACAUCGCUCUCUGGCGCCUUGUUGCUCACUACCUCGGCACCCCAACAACUUAUUUCUCCUCCCCCACCGCCGCAAAAAAAAUCAUGGAAUCUAUCCUCCUAACCGAAAUAUCGCCCUCCCCAACCUCCAUAAUCCUCGCCAACAACAUAAUCCUCUCCCUCCAAAACCAACCUCCCGCCUACCCCUCCCGCUCCCUCCUAGAAGCCAACGCCCGCUGGCUAAACGGCACGGAACUAUCCAACGCCCUCGGACUCGGCAACCCAUCUCUUUACUAUUGGUCACUCGUAGCAGGCCAAUGUAUCCUAUACAUGACAAUAAGUUACGUAUAUAGAAGCAUCAGCUAUCUCGAUCGAAAACAGAUCAAAUUCUUAAGAAGAGUCUUGCCAAUGGUGAUACAUAGCCCGACGAUUGGAUUAGCAACCCAAACGGAUUUUGCACUGCAGUAUGUUCCGGAAUUCGACACGAAGACGGAACUUGGGGAGUAUGUGGUGGGGAUGAAGCAGAAGAGUGGUAUCGAGAGGAGGAAUUUGAAGGCCUUGAUUUGGGCGGCGGCAGGAGUGGGAAUUGGGGGUUGGCUUGUUUGGAAGGGGGUGAGGGGUGUCAUGAGAGGUUUAUUGGCUGUAGGGAGGGGUGUGGUUUGGUUGUGGGGAUGAGGGAUGGGACUGGGACUGGGAGAUUAGUGGUUGUAUAUUUGUAGAAUGAUUGUAUAUGAGUAGGUAGCCAUGUAUAUUUUGCCAAUAGAACUCAGCUGUAUACAAUAGCGCAAGACAUCA